AUGACUGCCCACCAAGGGACAAUGUCGGCGUCCAUGGAUGUCCCACAUUCGCAAAACACCGCUCCAGUUCUCGAAUUUCGAUGUCUGUACACCGCGGAUAUUCGCCGGAAGCAGAAAAGAUGGCAGGAUGGCAGACUCAAGUUCCACACCUUCAACAAGCGUGUGAUGGUCUACGAUGAAAAGUCCAAUUUUGUUGGCGAUACUCACUGGAAAAGGGGACUGGAAUUUGAGGAAGGGGAAGAAUUGGAACUGGAGAGAGGCGGUAUUUUGGUCGAAGUUGGAGAAUGCAUUGGGCAGAGAGAUCAGGAUCUCACCGAGCUGGUGGACAAACGAGUAAAGGAAAGAGAAGAGAGGGCAGCAGCGAAAGUUGCCCAAGCCUCACCAUCCGCAUCUCUCGUGCGAAAUCAUGGCACCCCGGCUGGAACUGCACUCUUACGGCCCAAACCGCUAAAUUCUCUGUUAACACCAACUGGACAUUAUGGCAGAGCUGUUAUACCGACCACUUCCCCGUUUGAGGAGAGGCAAGCUGCGAUUCGAGACGAGAAUGAGCCACCGGCGAAGAGAAGGAAGCAGAAUGACACAACCUCAAGCAGAAAUGGCUACGCCCAGAAUCUUAUGGGGGCAACUCUAUCAUUAAGUUCGUCGAGACCGUCCAGUACUCCGACAAUAAGAUAUGAGCCAUUCAGGGCACGGCAUUUGCAGCAGGAACAGCCAGACGCAAUCGUCUUCACGUUGGACGAUGAUGAAGAACGUCGGGCCAGUGAUAUCAGGCGAAAGAUAGCACAGGAGCAACGGGCUGCAAUUGAACGACCUCCACCUAGGCAGAAAAAGCAGAAGAAGUCACCUCCAGCCAAGAGCGGUUAUGCCAGCAGCUUGACAGGAACACCCCUCAUGUUGUCGCGCUCUGAAGUUAGGCCUCCUGUGAGGACUACGCUGAUGAAAGCCCCAAUUCAGUUGGGUCUUAGCAACGAAGACUCUGCCUCAGAGUCUGAAGAUGUUCGUAACAGUCAUGAACAUGCUUUUAAACGGCCCUCUCAUCUGGUGAAGAAACCCGCAAUGGCCCAGGCCAGAAACGAGCAUGUGGAACAAUCGUCCUCGGAAGAAGAAGGCAGCUCGAUGAAUCUAGCACCAGCCCCUAGGCGUCCCUCCUACACAGCGAAAGCGCGAUUGAAUAUGCCGCCUGGACCUCAGGAUAUCCAGCGAGAUUCAUCUGACGAAGUCGGCAGCUGUAUAGACAUUGAGCCUUCACCCAAAGCACCUACCAAGAAAACGAAAGUCACCAUUGUUCACAACAAUCACCCAUCUGGCAAUCUUUCCUUUAUGAACGAGGAGGAUAGUCUGUGUGACAUGCGAACUUCGCCCAUGAUAGACUCAUCGAAAAGAAAAUCGAAAGUAAAGCGACCGGCCGCUCCGAGCAGACCCUUCAAGUGUGAUUCCUCUUCUGCUGUUGAGGUUGAAUCUUCUCCUCCGAGGAACGCCAAAGUCCAGCAGAAGCAAAAUCAGAAACAAUUUCCGACUACAAGACCUGCAGAGGUCAAAGAGACAAGCACAAGCGUCCAGUCUCGCUUUACAUCCUCUCCACGAACUGAGAUUGGAACCUCGGAUUUGCAGCUUGGAGGCUGUUUUGAUCGAGUAUCUACUAUCCAGAACUCGUCUGCCGCCGAAGCCACACCAGAUCGGUCCAUGGCUGCACUGCGGAUAAAAUCGCGACCUCGACAAAAGAUGAUGAUGCUCAUGAACCGACCAAGCUCGCGUCCAUCUUCUUUGAACACAUCGUUUGAGGGUAGUCGGCCGACCACCCAGCAUCCACCGCAGGCGGUAACAGCUUCUGAUGAAGUGGUAUUGUCCCAAGCAACGAUAAGACUAAACACAUUUUCUGAAAACCAAAAGGCUGAAUUGGAGGCCCGCUUGAGACGCAUUAGAUCUAAGCCACAGCUAGAUAUAUCGUCCUCAGAUCCUGACAAUGGAAUAGACCAUACGACCAUCGAUUUGCUCUUGACCCGAAAGCCAAUGCUCGCGAAGCAGCAAGAAGAACAAGUUCGACGGGUCGCUCUAGAGUCAACUACCGUCCAUGGAUCAUCCAACCGGCCACUCGUGGCUUCCUCAGGGAGAUCGUUUAUAGCAGAGACUUCUGGGUGUGUCGAGGUUCAUCAACACAGCCAUUCCAAGGAAUAUAUGCCUACCUCAAAGGUGGCAUCUGCAGAGAACAAGGGCCAGCAGAACCAUAUGCUCUCCAAAGGAUUGCCGUCAAAUACAGACCCUUCGGAUCCGAAAAGCGAUAAAACACCGCCAGCAGCAGCUUCUCAUACCAAUGAGAUAUCUAUUCCUCGCAGCCAACCGAGGCUGGAAGUCACACUUGCAGCUCCGGCGAUGAUCCAGAGGAAUUCGGCGGAGCUCACAUCGCAGGAUACGCGGAGGGUCGAGGAUUCCAUGGAAGAUACAGAAAUAGCUGAGGAUACAGGCCCAACAUCAACUGAUAAGCAGAUGCCGCUGCCGGGAAUGGAAAAGGUUGGACAAACAGUCGCUUCUGACAACCCUAUUGAAGAGUUCAAGGCUGCUGGUCCAAAAGUGCUAGAAGACUCAGCAGAUCACAAUAUGUCGACUGAGAGACAAUUUUUCUCCAGCGAUGAUGAAAGUAGCAUUGGAAAUAAUCCUUCAAACUACGACGAGAGAGUGUCGUGCCCCGCGCCUAAUGACCCACCUGGGCAAGCCAAAGACCAGUCGUUCUCGACUCAGGCUGAUGUCGAAGUCCCGAAAGUCGUGAGCGAGGGUAUGCAGUCUUCAACAUCUCGAUUCCGUGCCAUGAUAAAUCCCCCCUCAAGCGCAAUGAAAUUGCCACCCAGGAUAGCCUCGUCGCGUAACGAGAUAGCGAAACCUGAAAUUCCGAAUCCCAACGAAGGCGAACCUGGGUCGAGGGAGUUGUUGGGCGAGCUUGUUCCCGAACUACUCCCCCCUGCUGUGGAGGUGUUGAAGGGAAAUCCCGAGCCUUGCAGUGUCCUAGGCUUCAACACAGCGGCGACAUCUGCAGGCCUAAGUACCCCGGAUUUGGCCAGCCACAGCCUCAAGAUUGGACUACCGAAGGCCAGGCUGGCAAACCCUGCAACCCGGGGCAAGUCUCUUCAGACUUUGGCUGCCAAUACAUCCGAUACGAUGGCGACCUUAUUCAACCCGAUGCCUCCGCCAGCUACAAGAAUUUCGAGUCGAAUGGACAGGAUUUUAGAACGGACUAAUAGCGAUGUUGACAAGACAAGCGAAACCCCCCUAAAAGAAGCACCCGCAGGUGGACCCUGGAGUCGAGAGGCGUUCGAUCUAUUUGGUAUUCAUGGACCUCCUAAGCUGGAGAGUGGAUCGGGAAUUCCCGGUACCUAG